AUGCGAAUCCUCGCGCUGGCAAGCAUACUGCCCCGCGCUGAGAAUAUAGAGAGCAGUGCCACAUCACUUUUUCGUUUGUACCUUUCAGGUGAAGGCCAGCCGCUGAACGGCAAGGGAAACUUGGGCGAAAGCCUCGAUCCCGUGUAUCAAUCCAUAGAUCAUAGUCGAAAACAAUCCGUAUCAUAUUUACAGGCCACAGUCUCUAGAGCUCGCCUUUCCCUUCUUCCCAUCGAUAAAUGGCCGACAAGGCGCAGGUGUUGUUAUUUGUUGUUGCUUUUGCUGUUGAUAUACUCGGCGAAAACUUGUAAGAUCAACAGUCUUCUUGUUCGAGCCAGCUACUAUGCAGAGGUAAUCGGACUUGUAGUUACCUGCGCAGCGAAAUUCUUUUCCACACAGACGAUUGCCCAAGGGGUUGUGUUAUACGAGGAAAUGGUAAAAUUGAACGUGUCACUUUUACAAUACCUGGGUUCUAUUAUUCUGCCGAGUCGGCAUGCUAAAGAAGAGUUUGGUCGUUAUGAGACUUGCGAAGACUUCAUGGAGGAGGAGUGA